UGUAGCGACCGCGCGUAAUAACAACCUUUAUUUCUCUAGUGGCUAAACAACCACCAAACACACAAUGUUGCUAAAAACCGUGUUCUACAUCACAAUAUUAACGAAAAUCGUUCUUGCGAUCCCUCCGAACGACAAAGCUUUGUAUGACAACCCCGAAUCUCGAAUCCACAAAAGACGCCGCCCUUGUAGAGGCCGAACCCCCGAUGGACGCACCUUUUUUGAUUGGUCCCUCCAAUACGUUGACGUUAAUUACAACUACAACUACAACAUCAACUGUGGAGGCGGCGGCAAUGGCCAGCACGGUGGAGGCGGCAAUGGCCAGCACGGUGGAGGCGGCGGCCCCCAAAAACCCAUCCUAAGCGGCCUACUACAAGGGGACAAUGGUGGUGGUGGUUCUCAACAUCCCGUUUUGAGUGGGGUACUUCAAGGGGUAGGUAACGUUGUUUCUGGGGGUGACCACCCCGAAAACGGUCUUUUUGGCAGCAACGGACCAAUCACCUUCGUCCAGUCGCAAGUGCAAGGCAUUUUGGCAAACCCUCCCAAUUUUGGCUCCGUUUUGCCCCAAAACGAUGGUACUAAUGGGGGAGGGGGGUUAGGGUCUUGGUUCCCGAGCGGUCUUUUCAACGGUCAAGGCAUUCUUUCUUUGUUUGAAAACGGUUUGUUUAGCGGUAUUUUUGAUAACAAUAGGCCGUCGAAUCCGAGUUUUCCGAGCUCCCCGAGUCGACCCCCUAGUGUGCCGAGUCGACCACCCAGUGUACCCAGCAGGCCCCCAGUUAUUAUAACCACCCCCAAACCUGAUGUCCAGGACCCCGACGAUAUUAUUUAUAAUGACGAAAAGCCUGUACAUGAAGAUCAUGAUGAUGUUUUUCCAGAUCAGUACAACAGACCGGGUCAGUAUCUAGUGGCUUCGAACCCGAUUUUUGGGGACUAUGUGUAUAAUUUAAAUGGGAAUGGAAAUGGGUAUAACAGGAAUAGGAUCACUAGGCAGUUUAACCGGGAGAUAAAUAGGCUGCACAGGGACUUUGUGUCGCUUUUUGGGAUAUAAAUCCCUAUUACAGCAGACCUAGACCUAGGCCACAAAGACCAUACCAAAACUAUCGUUCAAACAGAAUUAGGUUUACAUAGGUACCUAAUCUUCGUACAAAAUCAAACGUAUACAUUAUCAAAAUAAAAACUACAAAACUA